AUGGCCAACCCGCAGGAGGCUGAUGGUCGAAGCUACCUUGCCAAACUGUCGCCAUGGAGUCGAAGUCCAAGCAUAGCGCCGAGCAAAGGCACUGCGGGAGAGCCGACCGAAAGCGGCUUGCUGCAACAACAGAACGGAGCAGAUCAUGUCGUGAACCAUAGGCACAGAUUGAGUCUGCGGAAAUACCCUAGAGACUGCCCUCAUCUACGUCCGCAAUGGUUCCAUGCUGUAGACAUCCCCAUACGCAAGCCGCACCUGACAUUCAAGAAGGUCAAGGAGGAGAAGCCACCUGGACAACCCAAGAAAUAUGCCGCCUUCUCCACCCGAGACUCCAAGGCAAUCGAGAUCGCAUUUCAGAAGCUGUCGGAGCAAGAAGAAGAGGCAGAGCGGACACAAGCACAGAGUAGUGAUCUUGGACACGCCAGAGCAGGUGGCAGGCAGGGCAAGAAAGAGGCCAAGAUACCCGUCAACGAGGAUUACCUCUUUGACGUAGAUGUCGAGGCGCGAGAGCUUGCACCCGCAUAUUGGCUGGGUCCGGUGUAUGAUGUGCGCAGAGGAACAUGGUUCUAUCAAGAAGGCAGUGAACAGAAGCCGUGCGACGAGAAUCUGGCAGCACAACUCGAGGAGGGUUAUCUGAAGGUCAAAGCCUGGAGGUUGCCUUCAGCACAGAAGCCAGAGCCUCAGCCACGAUCGCCGUCGCGACCACGGAUGAGGCCAAAGUCGUGGGCUCCCGGCGAGGACGAAGAGAGCACCGCUCCACCACCAGUGUCUCAGAAAGGCUCAAGUGCAGACUUGCGGAAGAAAGCCGAAUUGCAAGCAGCACAGGCAGGUCAAGCCGUUGAGAUAUCCGACAAAGAGCAAGUACAGAGCACCUAUCGACUCUUUGGCCAGCACAUGAAUAGUGUUGUCACGUACCAGGAUGGGAAGACUGCUUGGCUAAUGACUGACGACGCAUGGUCGCGAAUCAACUCGACUGUGAGAAGAGGGUUUGGUGGUGUCGGCCAUUUCGCAGGCGUCAGACUGACUCGAGGUUGGACUAACCCCACUGCAAAGAAGGCCGAGAAGGAUGCACCACCUACGAAUGUAAAAGACAAACCAUACUUGGCGAACGAUGAAGAGCCAAGCGAAGGAGAGAAUGUAGAAGAGAGUCGUGCUGAGCGUGCCACUUCUUCGGAGACCAAGAGGCAGACUCUACAGAGGCAAAUGUCAGCUCUUCUGGAGGACCCUACUCAUGGAGAUGACCCCGCUAGACUGGAAGAGGAGGCUCGACGCCGUGACGAACGUGAGAUUGAGGACGACUAUCGCAAUACCGAAGACGAUGACCAGGGCCGUGAUAUCGAGCACUUGAUCCUGGUCACGCACGGCAUUGGACAGCGCCUGACCCACCGUGUCGAGAGUGUCAACUUCGUCCACGAUGUGAACACAUUUCGAAAGACCAUCAAGGCUGUAUAUGCUGACUCGCCUGAUCUACGUGCUCUCAACCAGGAGCUCGAAGGUUCCGAUUCCGUCAACAGUCGCGUGCAAGUGCUUCCGAUCUGUUGGCGGCAGAAGCUCGAUUUUCCAAACCAAGGCCUAAGACACAAUCGCAAGGAGCAUGACCUUGGGGAUAGCGAGAUCGAUGAAGAAGACUAUCCAAGCCUUGAGGAUAUUACCGUAGAUGGCGUUCCAUUUGCAAGAGACAUGAUCACGGAUUUGGCGUUGGAUAUUCUUCUCUAUGAUUCGCCAGCAUAUAAAGAUCACAUUUCGAUGAUCGUGCUGAAUGAGCUGAAUCGCAUCUACCAUCUUUUCAUGGAACGCAAUCCAAACUUCAAUGGCAAGAUCAGCUUGGUCGGUCACUCGCUCGGUUCUGCCAUCAUGUUCGACAUUCUUUGCAGGCAGGAUCAGCAGCCAGCGUCACGCCGCAAAGGUGUCGACAAGAUGAACCUUGACUUUCCCGUUGAGGACUUCUACGCACUUGGCUCACCAAUCGGACUCUUCCAAAUGCUGAAUGGACGUACCAUUGUCGCACGAACACCGCCCGGAGGACGUCAUCGAGCCAGAAGCAGCCUGGGGGCAAUGGAAGAUCCUAUGCUUGGCUCUGCAACUAAGAAGAAAGCUUCAAAGGAUUCUGAGCCUGCUGAUGUCCCUGGCGAAAAUCCACUGGCACGUCCGAAGUGCGCUCAGAUCUUCAACAUUUUUCAUCCAACUGAUCCAAUCUCCUACCGCAUCGAACCAUUGAUCUCCCCCGCAAUGGCCCAACUCAAGCCUCAGCCUUUGCCUUACACCAAGCGAGGCAUAUUUGGAGCGCCAAGCACUCAAGGACUCACGGGCAUAGGAGCACGUGUCGGCCAGAGCGUGAGCAGUAUGUGGACGAGCAUGGCAUCCAGCCUACUCACUCGUGGUCUUGGAUACGGUUCAGAGCCGACGAAAGCUGCAGCAGACUUGAAAGCCACCAGUAAAAGUAGCGGUCCUCUUUCUCGAUCUGCACCAGGCAUAUCUAGCAACUCAGCAAGUGCUGGGACCAAUGUUGCUGCCGGGAUCAUACCGACCGCGCCACUACCCGCCGAAGGCACCGAGAUCAUGAAGAUUGGUGAAGACAAAAUUAGUCGCGUCGCAGCAGAUGCUCAAGCAGCUUCUGAAAGCAAAGAGCAUCCUCCGACAUUGAUCGACAACGAACUCACCACGCUUUACAGUAACUUUGAGAAGAGACGUGAAUCUGCCCAAAGCGAUGCAGAGACCCGCGACGUCGGGGCUGGGGCUGUGAAGGGUAUCCCAGAAUGGGCUGACGCUGAAGAGCGAGGCAAGAAAUUGAGGAAAGAGGAAGAGAAAGUGCGGAGACUCAACAGUAAUGGUCGUGUGGAUUAUGCUAUCCAGGAAGGCGCGUUUGAUAUCAACUUCAUCGCCGCCAUCGCCAGCCAUUUGAGCUACUGGAGUGAUGAGGAUGUCAGUCAUUUCGUCAUCUCUCAGCUAUUGAGUCGACACCGUAUUGUGAGACAGCGUGCGGAUAGUGCUCCUAACCAAGGAAAGCCGAAGUGAGGAUCGGCUGAGCAGUGCGUUGCAAGUGAGGCUCGAUAUUCGUGCAUUGAUAUCAUUAAUCAUAAGCGCUUUUAAACGUAGGAUAGAUAUGGAUAGACGACACUUAGCGAGCAUGAUUUACGGGAACAACAUCCCCCAACAAG